AUGAAUAAUAAUCAAAAUGAAACAUUAAGAUUUUGUGAUUGGCGUAUAGAAAUUUAUGGUUGCUUUAUGAGUGAUAUGUUUUCAAUGGAAGCAAUUACCUCAUUGAUAACUUAUGCAAUUUUAGCAAUUAUUGGAACAGCCACGUUUAUUUAUCGCUAUAAAUAUACGUGGAAAGGAUUGUUCAUUAAUCAUUACGGCGGAUUAAGGCCAUUGCCUGUUGACAAUUUAUUGUUUUUUUGGACAAUCGCCUGUUAUUUACGCGGAUUGCAUUCACUAUUGAUGUUAUUGGACGUUUACACAAGCUAUCUACAAAAAGAAGCGGUCCAAGAGAUUGGUUGGACUGUGCUAUGUUAUGGAGCUGUAACUUAUAUAAUUGGUAUAAUCUAUACAAUUCCAGUCAAUUACUCUCAUUCAAAUAAUAGUGAGAAUGACGAUAGUAACAAUCUUUAUAAAGUGCGCACCAUAUACAUCCCAUCAUCUAAAGUCUUAAAUAUUUUAUUAUGUUGUUGGUUACUGUAUCCUACUUUAACAUGUUUUCCAUUUGCAAUGUUAUCUGGAAUUUCAAGAGAUAACGGAAAUGAUCGAUUGGCAGACAUUUGGACAAUGGCACAAUACAUAGCUUACACAUUUCAUGAUUUAUUAUUAUCAACGGUUGGGAUCUACUAUGGCAUUAAUUUUAUUUUAAUAUUAAAUAAAUCAUCAGAACAAUUUAAAUCUUCUACACCUUCAUCUGCUUCACAAUCAUCCACCACAAGGCUUGAAAAAUCAACAACCAGCUAUAACUAUACAAACAAUAAUGUUUCACGCGUAGCAUUGGACAGGCUUAAAUAUACAAUGACUUAUAUUGCCAUAUUGCCUUUAAUUGCUGCACCUUGGUGGUUUUUUUUUGGCGUUUACCGUGUUAAAUUUAUCAGUUCAGCAGGUUUAUCCAAUUUAUUUUUAUCUUCAAUGUGGCAUGUAACUGGUAUACAGCCACUAAUGGCAGUGUUUCAAUAUAUAGUAGUAAAAGGUGCAUAUCAAGAUUAUAAAAAAUAA